AUGAACCCCCCGCCUCAAAUAUUCGGGGCUUACAAUGCAGAUGGUUUACCGGUUUCGAAAUUACCCGAUUUCAAUGGUCCAAUUUUUGGUGAUGGAACCCUCCUCGAUGAAAGCAACGAGGCAAAACGGAGGAGGAUAGCGAGGGCUUGUGAUAUGUGCCGGAAGAAGAAGAUCAAGUGCGAUGGAAAAUUACCAGCUUGUACGCAUUGUAUCAACUACAAAACAGAAUGUGUCUUUACACAAGUCGAGAAGAAGAGGAAUCCCCCCAAAGGAGCGAAAUACAUCGAGGGCCUUGAGAAUCGUCUAGGUCGCAUGGAAAGUUUGUUGAAGCUAUCUGGCCUCCUUAGCGAAGAAGAUGGUGGACGAACGGAUCUGGGAACAUUGGAGAAGAUAUUACAGGAAAAGAAUCAAUCGCGGAGAGCAUCUGCUGUGCCUGCUUCAAGCGCAACGUCUCCGACUCAAAGUACCCCAGGUGGCCCGCCCGAAGCGAAUGGAUCGACCCCUAAGAGUACUAUCGCAUCGCCGGAACCAAAUAAAGACUCCGAGAAGCGACAAAGCAAGGACAGUAAAAGUGGAGAGACUGAUGAAAAUGGAGAGCCCGUCGAGGCGCUUUCAGAUAUGAUGUGCUCCUUAAUCACAAAUAAUUGUGGAGAAACAAGAUAUAUAGGAUCAUCGUCUGGGUUCUCCAUAUUUUCGCCAAAGGGCAUCUCAUGGGUCAAUGAGAAAACGGGCGAUUCAUCCUUUCAGGAGAUGAUAUCUUCUGCUUCCGUGGAUGAUAAUAAGAUGAUGUAUUGGAAGCCGGAAGUAUUCUCGGAUUUGUUUGCACGACCGAUAUGGAGGCAACUUCCUCCCAAAAACGAGUGCGUGUCUUUACUCAAGGACUUUUUUGAGAAUUUUAAUUGCAUGUUUCCCCUUUUUCACCAACCUACCUUCAUGCAUUUGGUCGAUCGACAAUACUCCAAUGAUCCUUAUGAAGGCUCCGGAUGGUGGGCAAGUCUCAACUGUGCCCUUGCCAUUGCUCAUCGUCUCCGCGUCAUGAGUCACCUUGUGCCACAAGAAGAAGACACAAAAGCUUGGGGCUACCUCAAAAAUGCGAUGGGCGUUUUUACUGAACUCACGAUGCGGAAUACUGAUUUGCUCAGCGUACAAGCUUUGUUGGGAAUGGCUUUGUUUAUGCAGGGUACACCAAAUCCGCAGCCUUCUUUCUUUCUUGUAGCAGCCGCUAUUCGACUUUCACAUAGUAUUGGACUUCACAAACGUGGAUCCGGCUUCAACCUCAAUCCCGUUGAGAUUGAGCAACGCAAACGUGUAUUCUGGAUAGGAUACAUGCUAGACAAAGACAUCUGCUUACGCUCAGGAAGACCUCCUGCACAAGAUGACGAUGAUAUGCAUGUCGAAUUACCGAGCGCUGACCCCGAAGACAACAUUGGUAAUAUCCCUCUAGCCGAUGGAAAAGGAAAAGUUAACCUCUUCCGCUUGAUGUGUGAAUUCUCAACUAUUGAGAGCAAAGUAUACAAGCAGCUUUAUUCGACUAAAGCCUCAAAACAGUCAGAUGGUGAACUUCUCAACACCAUAGGAGAGCUUGAUUCUCAACUUGAAGAAUGGAAAGACAGUAUUCCAGUUGACUUCCGUCCAGAGCACGAGAUCAAGGCUUCACAUACCCCUUUAAUUCUCCACGUUGUUGUUCUUCAUUUCGCUUACUAUAAUUGCCUCACUACAAUUCACCGCAUGUCUGUUCAUCACGGAUAUUGGACUAGCCGUCUCUCUAAUUACGCUAUUCAAGGCCUGAAUGCUAGACCUCUAAAUCCUCGUGUCUUUUCCUCGGCCGCAUUAUGUGUAUCUGCUGCUCGGGCUUCCAUACAUCUUAUCAAAUAUGUUCCCCAGGGCGACUUCGCUUGUGUUUGGCUCAUUCUCUACUUCCCCGUUUCCGCGCUGGUAACACUCUUCGGUAAUAUUCUACAAAAUCCUCAAGAUCCUCGGGCACGCUCUGAUGUUCGUCUUAUGAACCUCGUUGUUAACUUCCUUUCUAUGCUGGGCACCGAGGAAGAAAAUGGAGGUGUAAAACGCAUGCUUGGAGUCUGUUCAGAGUUUGAGAGAAUAGCGAAAGUCGUUUUGGAUAAAGCAGAAAAGGAGACGUCUUCAAGAAGAAAACGAAAGAGUGGCGAUCAUUCGACCAAAGCAUCACAUAUGCCUAGGGCCGGUCAACCACGAACUCCUAUGAACACUACUCAAUCCCCCAUGCCUGGAGUCUUCUCUCCCAACUCGACAAACCAAAUGAACUUUCAGAACGGAUUUAGCCCCAUGCAAGGAGCUUCUCCUAACUCUAAUUGGCAAUCCGACUUUGCUCCUUCUGGAGGUGAUUUUAUGGGACAAAAUACAGGGACACCAUUUGGGAGUGUUCAAGGCUUUGCGAAUGGAAAUGAGUUCAGCUCCCCAUUAAAUCCAAAUUCUUUCCAACAACCUUUUGUUCCUCAGGAUCUUUGGCAGAUGCCAAUGACCCUUGAAUGGGACUGGGCAGAAAUGACAGGCGGCGCAUAUCAAAGUUUCGAAAAUGGCGUUAUGGGGGACCCUAAUCUUCAUAUGAACGAUAAUUCACAUCUACAAAACCAGGGAGGGGGAAUGUAA